GAGACAUCGCCGGCAGAGACGGCCACUGCCAGGUUCCUCCCUGCGCUGUCUUGUGAUUCAAAGCAGACUCUGCUCCACUUUUUAAAAAGGGGAGCCCGUUAAUGCUGGAGACACACAAGAACAGAAUCAAGUAAGAAGACACCACAGUCUGAGGCAAGAGUCCGUGACUGCAGGCAGCCUGCCAGCCUCCAUGUGGCCGGCCCUGGUUACGCUCCUCCUGCUUCACUCCUGCCUCCAUGGACAGGGCGACCUCCGCGAGGACCUGACCUUGCUGAAGACCGAGUUUGCGCUUCGCCUCUACCGGGACGCUGCAGACCCUAGAAAUGAAACCAAUGUUGUCAUUUCUCCUGCCGGUGUGUCCCUCCCUCUGGAGAUCCUGCAGUUUGGAGCCCAAGGGAACACUGGCCGGCAGCUGGCACAGGUGCUGGGCUACACCGUCCAUGACCGAAGGGUGAAAGAGAUCUUACGCACUGCUUACACCACGCCGCCCAACUCCGGCCAAGGCACCAGGAUGGAGCUGGCCUGCACCCUUUUUGUGCAAGCUGGAACGCCACUCUCCCCCUGCUUUGUGGAGCAGCUCUCCCGGUGGGCCAACAGCAGCGUGGAGCCAGCCCACCUCAGUGAACCCAGCGGCCCCAGCAUGCAGGCCAAGGAAUGGGCCUCCUGGAAGAUCGCAGGUGACGACCCGGGUGGUCCAACGUGGGAGCAUGGUGGCGGGGCAGGCCUGGCCCAGCUGGCACUAGUGAGCAUCAUGUCCUUCCAAAGCACUUGGCGGCAGAAAUUCUCCUCUAGGGACACCCAGCUCCUGCCUUUCACCAGCGCCCAGGGCCUCAUCCUCCAGGUCCCCAUGAUGUACCAAAUGGCCGAGGUCAACUACGGUCAGUUCCAGGACCCUGCAGGCCAUCAGGUGAGGGUGCUAGAGCUGCCUUACCUGGGAAGUACAGUGAGUCUGCUCCUGGUUCUGCCACGUGACAAAGACACCCCACUGAGCCUCAUUGAGUCACACCUCACAGCCAGCAUUCUCCACGUCUGGACCUCCAGCCUCAGGAGAGCCAGAAUGGAUGUGUUCCUGCCCAGAUUCAGGAUCCAAAAUCAUUUCAAUUUAAAAAGCAUUUUAAAUUCUUGGGGAGUCACCGAUCUUUUUGAUCCACUCAAAGCUAACUUGAAAGGAAUUUCAGGCCAAGAUGACUUUUAUGUUUCUGAAGCAAUCCACAAAGCCAAGAUUGAGGUUUCAGAGGAAGGCACCGAGGCAUCAACAGCCGCAGCUCUGUUGUUACUGAAAAGGUCUCGGAUUCCUUUUUUUAAAGCAGAUCGGCCAUUCUUCUUUUUCCUGAGAGAACCCACCACAGGUAGGACAGUAUUUUUUGACAGAAUUCAAAUAUAUAUCAACAUCUCUCUAGCAACAAGCGCCCAUUUGUCCGCUGUGGCCUAGAACAAGCAUUCCUUCUAGCUAGUUUCUAUGGUUUCAUAAUCUUCCCAGUUUC